AGAGUAUUUCAAGCUGUGUCUAUGCCAGAAUUCAGUAUCACAGAAAAUUGGGAAUUAUGGCACGAGAGACUCGAACUACAUUUCUUGGAAAUAAAGUGCAGUGAUGACACGGAUAGAGUAUCAACAUUGUUGAAAACGAUUGGAUCAGAAGCAUACGCCAUUUUACGAGGAAUUUGUAGUCCAGCACUACCAUGUACAAAGUCAUACAAGGAAUUGUGUGAAAUACUGCAACAACAAUUCACACCUCCAGUCAUCGUUUUUAAUGAAAUUAAAAGAUUUUAUGCAGCGAAAAGAGCUGAAAGCGAAAGCGUAUCUGCGUGGUUUGCUCGGGUAAAAAAACUUGCAGUAAAUUGUAAAUUCGGUGCAGCAUUGGACACCAUUAUUUUGCAUAAAUUUGUGGUUGAACUGCCUGGAAAGAUUUUCGAGAAAAUCUGUGAAGAGGACGAAAAAUUGACCCUCUCCAAGGCUUUACAAAAGGCAUUAAUACGUGAAACGAAGCUGGCUCAAUCAAGCAAUGAUAUUGAAGUUAAUUACAUCAAACAACGUGGCAAAUUUAACAACAAAAACUACAAGAGCAACGCAGUAAGGUCGAACAACAACAACAGCAAAGCGAGCAAAGUAUCGAAAUGUACACACUGUGGAUGGAAAAACCACCAAUCCAACACCUGCAAAUUCAAGAACAGCACUUGCCAUUUUUGCGGCUCAGUUGGGCAUUUGGCAAACAUUUGCAACCGUAAACUUAAGAGUGAUAAAAAUCAUUGGUAUGAAUGAAACUAGCGAUUUUGAUUUUUCCGUAUAUGCCAUCCAUGGAAACGCUGCACUGAAUCAUUAUACCCUGAAGGUUGAGGUUAACGGAAUACAAAUAACAACGCUGUGCGACACCGGCGCUCCUUGUUCUCUAAUGUCAGCUAAUACAUUCGAUGCGUAUUUCGAUCGAAAGGUGCUACAGCAAUGUUCAGUACCAUACACCGGAUACACAGGUAACCUGAUUAAUAUUAUUG